GUGAGUGAGAGAGAGAGAGGUAUCUGGAGCUCGUGCACGAAAAUAGAACGAUGCAGUUCGUGCUGGUAGAGAUGGAAAAAACAUGACGUCCGGUAGUUAUAUUCAUUCUUAUUCAACUAGAACUGUGACGAAUGGCGGCGUCUAUCAUGGAUAUCGUUAUUCAAGAUUUAGAAGUGAGGAUUUUGCGGAUAACAAAAUAGACGGCUAUGAUUUUAUUAAAAAGAAAUAUGCUGAUCGCUUCGAUGAGUAUAAACCCAGGCUUAGUAGGAGUGAGGAUCGAUCUAGACCAACAUAUACUGGAACUGCUGCAACUAGGAAGAUUGAAGAGAAUCCUAGUUAUAGUAGGGCAAAAAGUUUUUGGACGUCUAAGGAUGCAUUAUCAUUAUCAUUAUCGAGAACGAAUAGCGUCUCAUCAUACAAAUCAACGACUAAUAGCACAAGUUUAGAUGCCUACAGGCCUAGUAGUAGUAGAUAUCAAACAGCAACUACAGCAAUUCCGUCGAUUAGACCGUCUAAUGAAACCAAAAAAGAACAAACGCAAUCGAAUUCUCCCGUAUUAAAGCAAUCCCCGUUUUCAGCCUUUAAACGACACCCCUUCAGGCGAGGUAAUACUAUUGACAAUUCGGAAGUAUCGGAAGAAAGUAAAAAGGAUGCAAAGGAUACUGACAAGCAUGAAAAAGCGAAAGACAAGAAAAAGAGAGAAAAGGAAGAGAAAGUAGGAAAGGACGGGAAAAAGUCGAUAGAUCGUCACGAAAGUCGAGAGUCGUUGGCCUCAGUUACGUCGACAUGCUCGGAGAAGAGUAAGCCAAAGAGUAAACUAUUCUCUUUAAGACGAUUUCGAUCUGUUGAUAAUGUAAAUAAAUCGGACAAAUCGGAAAAAACUGAAAAAAAGGACAGUGGAGGCGAAUCUGCCUCAGCUAAUUCUCGUAAAUUAAAUUUCCAGCUGAUUGAAUCAAAAAUCGACGAAGAAGGAAAUGAUGUUAAAACAAUAGCAGUAACGCCUAAUGAAAAGAAGAUUAGCACACCCAAGUCCUUAAGAAAAUUGUUCCGCUAUGGUGUUAGACGAUCGAGAAGCGUCGAUGUACAUAGUUCUAUUGAAGAAGAGCCUGGUGAUGCAAUCAAGCACCAAUCUCUUGAAUUACCUGAUCCAAAUAAACGGGUGUUAAGACUAUUUUGGCCAGGACGUAAGAAAACUACUCUAAUAGACGAUGAUGCUAGCUCAGUUGUUUCGGAUACGGCUAGUAUAGCUAGCGACUUGUCAAAUGCUCCUAUAUCUUCCAUAUUAAAGAAGUCCAAAAGAGACGGGUCAGUUGAAGGCCAGAGAAAACAAACGCAAUUCAGCGAUACAGUCCAGGUUGUUCAGCAGGAUAAACAUGGGAAUAUAUUAACAAAGAGAUCUGAGAAAUUGAAAGACGAUACGCUCAAGAACCUUCUAGAGGAUCAUGUACCCGGGGAAAGAGUCGCAGUUCAACGACCUCUCACUUUGGGUGGCCGACAAGGUGCGACGUCGCUCAUCAUUCCGCUGAGAAUCGACGACGAUAUGUUCGAUGCUCAGAAAUUGGUGAUUAAAAAGGAAAGUAAUACAAAAACGCUAUCGCUAGUCUUGAGAAUGGGAGAAGAAUUCCUUGAGGAACGGAUAUCCGUUAGGAGUUUGUGCGGAGGUCAAAAGUUAGCCGUAACUGCCUAUAAGUAUGAACCCUUAGGUGACGGUUCAAAAUACCUUAGAAGAUUUUGUCAGAGGUAUGCAUUACCUUAUUCAGUAGAUCCUUAUGAGGUUCGAGCCGCAUUCGGAGAACAUGGACAAUUGACUAUUGAAGCUCCACUUAGAGAAGUUUAACCUUUUAUUUUAUCUAUUACAAACUGAAAGACUCCUGCAACUAUUAGCACUACUGUUGUUUUAAUUUUCUUUUUCUUCUUUUUCUUCUACUACUAUUACUACAACAACUGCAAUUACGACUCAAACUAUAACAAUUAUUUAAUAUACUUCUUCUUCUUCUUCUUCUCUUCUUCUUCUUCUUCUUCUUCUUCUUCUUCUUCUUCUAUUUAAUUUUUUUUAUGAAAAAGAAUUAUUAUAGCUCAUACACCUGCAUUUUUUGCAUUCCGGUCUUUCAGAUGAAGAGAAAAAAAAAACAAAAGAAGAAAGAACUUAGUGGGAGUUAAAAAAAAGCUUCAUUUAUAAUAAAAGGAAGAAUAAAAGGACACUUAAUAAGAAAAAGUUUCAAAUGUAAACCAAUAAACAUAUGACGGGUUGGGAGGGUUGGGGUAAAAGAGAACAAAUAUUGGGGUAAGAGAUAAUUUUUUGUGUCAUUGAUAAAAUAUAUUCGUGAUCACAUGAUUAAUAUCGAAUAUAGAAUGAGGAAAAGAAAGAAAAGACAACAAAAAAAAUCGAGAAUAAGGAUUGAUUUACGUAAUGCGAGCGAAUUAGGUUUUGCGUUUAAACUGGUAAAAGGUCAUCUCUUAUUAAGCGCGGGAAAAGGAUGCUAAAAGGGGGCGAUGAUUCCAUCCUCUUUCUUUUUUAAGAAAGAAUAAGAGAAUAGGAAUGCCUUGUGGUGAUGAAACAUUCGGUAUUUAAAGAAUAAAUAUAGUACUAUUAGGUUUUUUGUAGGUGAAGGGAAAAGAGAAUUGAUAGAAUGAGAUAUGAAAAUUUAUAAUUUUAUUAAUAUGCACGUAGAUUUCUACGCUCAAUUUAAUGCCCCCCUGCCUUUAUUAUACACGCCUGAAGGAAGACUUUGCGCGGGAAAUCAAGUUUGUCAACACAUGAAAAGACAAAUUGUAAUGUCUCGGUGUUUGUCAUUUUGUUUUCUCACAAUCUUCUAUUAACUUGUAUAUAUUAUACACUCUUAACAGAUUUAACAUUUUUCCUUCUAAUCUAUUUAUCUUAUUCGCAAAAAUUUCUCACUUUUUCCUUAUUAAAAACUUAUAUACGAUAGAUUUACA